UUCUAGGACCAAGUUAUUAAUAAUAAAUAAUAAUUUUGGUUGUUUAUAACAACUGUUAUCUUUUAGUAUUUGAUGUAUAAAAUAUAUAUAUCUUCAUUAAUGAACUUCCUCAUAACGUCUUCUUAAUCAACAAUUAUUGAUAGCUUUUAUAGUAAUUAGGACAUAACGAAUAUUAUAUCAGGAGUAAAUUUGAAAAUGCCGCCAUUGACAAUUAAUCCAAUCAAAAAAUGAUGUGCACGUUAACAGAAAAAUGGCUGUCGGAGUUGUAAGCAUGUUACAUUACUUAUAAAAAGCGAUAACUUAAGGGUUCUUUAAAUUAGUUAUGAGAAAUAAGUGAAUAAAAAGUUUUACAAUGAAGUUUUUGAACGUUUUUAUACUUGUGUUUGUGAUAAUGACAAAGUCGCACGCCGAUAAUAAACAGCCUACAGUUUUAGUGUCGAUUUUGGUUAGAAACAAAGCUCAUACUUUACCUUACUUUUUAUCUAAUUUUGAAGCUUUAAAUUAUCCUAAGGAUCGAAUGGCUUUGUGGAUUAGAAGCGACCAUAACGUGGAUAAUAGUUUGGAUAUUUUACGGCAGUGGAUCUUUUCAGUAAAAAACAAAUAUCAUUCUAUUGAUACUGAAUUUAUUGAAGGUCUUACACAAUACUCCAAUGAGUAUGGACCAGCACAUUGGACUAGCGAGCGAUUUCAACAUAUAAUUAAUCUAAGAGAAUCCGCUCUUAAUUUUGCAAGGAAAAUUUGGGCUGAUUAUCUAUUUACUAUAGAUUGUGACGUGUUUUUGGUAAACCCCGAUACUCUGAAUUAUUUGGUUUCCAAAAAUUAUACUGUGGUCGCACCGAUGCUCAGAUCUGAUAGUCUCUAUUCCAACUUUUGGUAUGGUAUGACUGAUGAUUAUUAUUAUCAAAGAACAGAUGAAUAUACACCUGUUUUAUAUAGAGAAAAUCUAGGAUGUUUCGCUGUACCAAUGGUUCACACUUGUGUUCUCAUAGAUUUAAGGAGAUUAGAGUCUGAUUCUUUAACCUACGUUCCUUCCAAAGUUGAAAAUUUCGAUGGACCAAAUGACGACAUAAUCACUUUUGCUAUAAGCGCGAAUAGAAGUGACAUAACUUUAAACAUUUGCAAUGAACUGAAAUUCGGGUAUUUAAUGUUACCUUUAGAACAAAAUGAUGAACUGAGUCUAGAUUAUGAUCAAUUAACUAAUAUCAAAUUAGAAGUUUUAAAUGAAAUGAACACUCUUUACGUUAACGAUCUUUUGAAAAAGUUCGUCAGGGAUCUACCAAAAAAAGAUAUGUUAGGUUUUGAUAAAAUAUUUAUGAUUAAUUUAUUGAGGAGACCAGAAAGAAGAAAGAGGAUGAACGCUUGUUUUGACGAAAUUGGGAUUCAAGUAGACAUUUUGAAUGCAGUUGACGGAAAGGCAUUGAAUGAAAGUUUUUUAGAAAAACUCAAAUUUAUGCCUGAAUUUUCGGAUCCCUAUCAUAAAAGACCAAUGAAGUUGGGAGAAAUUGGUUGUUUCUUGAGUCAUCUAAACAUAUGGAGAGAAAUUGUUGCAGAAAAUUACCAAACAACAUUAGUACUAGAAGACGAUAUUCGAUUUGAACCCUUCUUUAGACACAAAGUCCAAAAUGUGAUGGCAGAGGUUAGGAAGCUACCAGAUUGGGAUUUAGUAUAUUUUGGUAGGAAGCGAUUGCAAGAAAGUGAGGAACCUUGGGUGGAGGGUACUAACUUCCUUGUUCACGCCGGUUACUCAUAUUGGACUUUGGGAUAUGUUUUAAGUUUUAAAGGUGCAAAGAAGCUUCUCGAGGCAGAUCCUUUAACGCGCUUGGUUCCUGUAGAUGAAUAUUUACCAAUUUUAUUCGAUAAACAUCCACAGGAAUCAUGGAAAGGACACUACCCAAGAAGAGAUUUAGUGGCAUUUUCAGCUGCUCCACUUUUAAUUUAUCCCACUCAUUAUACUGGCGAAAAAGGAUACAUUAGCGAUACCGAGGAUUCGGUAAUUGUUCCUGAGAUAUUAAGAUCUACUAGGGAGGAUCUUUAAAAAAACCCUAGCUAGUAACUUAUGAACCAGAAAUCAUUGGAGUUGUUCUAAUUACUUUCUGCUUUAAUAUGUGCUAAAUUUGUGGUCAAAAUUUAAAUAAAAAAUUGAAUUUUUUGAAAGAUAAGUUUCAAUUGAAUAAUAAUCAGUCUAAAUCAGUACAAACAGCUUGAUAUAAUUCUCCUCUACUCUCAAAUGAAUUUAUUUUCUUAUAUAUAGUACUUUCUUUAGCUUUUGUUAUAGCUAAUUAAUUAUAUUAAUUUGGAGCACAUUGUACAUGAAGCAACUAGUAUUAAUUUAAACCUGCAAUAAGAAAUAGUUUGAUUCAUGUAAUUUAGAAAUAUUAUUUCCUUUUAAACAUUUACAUAACACAAUUUCAUUUUUUUAUAAUUAAAUGCUUCAUAUAGUUCUCAUUUGAAGAAAACUACGGAUUUUGCAUUUAGGAUUCUUUUGUCUAAUUAUUUUUUCAUUUCGACCACAAUUUUAGCUUUAUGAAUACACGUUGUAUACUAAAGCCAAACCAAAUAGUGCCUGUGUAAUAUUAGUAAUUAAGAUAUAUGCUUUGUUUUUAUUGAAAAUUUUACAAGGUGGGUCACAUGUGAUUGUUUUAUAAAAAAAUACUUUUAUCUAUUCUUGGGGUUCACGAGUCAUGCAGAUUACAUUUUUUGUCCUUGUGAUGCAAACGCCAUCUAGCGGUCAGAUACGACAACUAGGUGUCGGCCAUAUUGCUGAUGCGUCUUUCUUAACCAAACCAGGGUGAUAAUAGUAUCAUACCUUCGUCUUCCAAUUCUUUUGAAGAAUUAUUGAAAGAUGGUGAACCAUACUCAUAGGACAGAUAAAUACCUUGUCAGAUUAACAAUUUCUAUCAACAAUCCGCUCAUAUGUAUUAACUGCUAUUUAACAUUACGUCAAAUUUCGUUUUUUAGUCUUCGCAAGACAUCAUAAGAUGGGGGAGACAAAAAAAAGAUACUGGUAAGCCCACGUGAGAAGAAUGGAAAAGAGUAGAGUAGACUACCACGCAUCGUAUUUGAACGGAAACCAAUAGGUUUCGGUCGUGAAGUUCAUGCCGAAAUCUAGAUACUCCAGUCUGUCUAAUUCGGUCACGCGUGGCCACUGGUCCUUAUCUUCUUCAAUAUCUUCGUACCGUAGCUCAAACGAGUCACACCUACACUCAUAAACUUUAUUUUGAGCGCUCACGGUCAUGAUGAGUCAAGUUCUCACUAUAUCCUUUCAAAAAGAUAUGCUUCAACAAACAACAAUCACUAGCAAUGCUCCGAUAUGGCCUCUCUCCUUGAAACGCAACAACAAUAUGGCCGACUUUUGUUGUCAUAACUGUUCAAUAGAUGGCGCUCGCGUCGCAUCGACUUGCCGUGGCCUCGUGCACCCCAAGGAUUGCCUUUUGAACAAAACGCAUUAAUCGAAUAAUAUUUUUUUAUAUAAAGAAAUAUGAAUUUUGAUAAUUUUUCUAUGGAAGAAUUAAUAAAAAGUGCCAUACACGUUUUAUUUAAUGUAAUAAUAUUUAAUUUUAUAUCAGCAAUUUACAUUUAUCCACCUUGUAUCGAUACUAACCUUAUGAUUAACUAAAAAAUAUCCUGUUAUAUUUUAACAACAGAAUUUCUCACUCUACACACUAUUCUGCAACUCUAUUGUCGAAUGUGACGUGACAACACGGUGUUAUUUUUGUUUAAUUCUAUCCACAUUUUUCAUUCUUGGUCAUUAUCAUAGUCCUUGAAAAUUUGAUUUUCUGAGAUCGUUGGUGAUAUUCAUAACAAAAUCGCCGAUCAAAAUAUCUUUAGAAGAAUAUAGGCCUGAAAUGUAUUUUAAUUACAAUUAUUGAAUAAUCUACUCAUUUAUAACUUUUCAUAAGUAAGAACGAAUAAAUUGUUAUUCUAUUAACUGUUCUUCCAAUCAUAAGGAACAAGAAAAUAACUACUAAGUAGUUAAAGAAUGAUGCAAUAUGCAAUGAUGAUGCAAAAAUAAAUGUCACAUAACAUAGUACUUUUUACUAUGAACCGUAUCAUACUCAACACAUUGUUUACUACCACGACAACAACACUGAUAAUUACAUUGCAAGACGAACCGAUUAUCGAAACGUUCGUGUUGCAAUGUAAUUAUCUUGGUUAGGUGGUUGUAAACAAUGUGUUGAGUAUGUGACAUUUAUGUUUGCAUAAAUUAAAUCUAUUUGAUUAUUUUUUUGACUACUUAGCAGUUGUUUUUCUUGCUCCUCAUGAAUAGAAGAUCAGUUAAUAAGAUAAUAAUUUAUUCAUUCUUACUUUUAUAUAUAAAUGGAUAAUUUGAAAAUUGUGUUUAUAGUAAAUUAUCAUGCCGUUUAAUCUUUAGACUUAUGGUUAGCGCUUUGUGCGCGUACACAUCCCUUUAUUGGGGUUGAUUACUCCCCUUGUUCUUUUGUUAUAGUUUUUGUUAGUCCUGGCUUCGUUUGCCACCUUUCUCCAUUCUUUUCUAUUUUUGCAUUUGGCUUUCCAGUCUACUGUUUCUAGGAUUCUGGUAUCUUCUUCAAUUUGGUUUCUCCAGGUAUUUCUUUGUCUACCUCUGCCUCUUGGGCAUAGAGGUACCUCUUGUGUUAUCCUCCUCACCAUUUCUGUAGGUCUCCUUCCCAUGAAUUUCUUCCCACGCAAGAAUUUUGCCAUAAACCUCUUACAUUUGCAUCAGCUGUUUACUAUAUACUUUGUUAUUGAUAACUCGACCAUUUGGAAUCAUUUUGAAGUAUUCUAUCAUUAUCAUUAUGCCGUUCAAUCUCUUGGAUUAGAGCUGACACUUUGUGCAUCUACACAUCCCUUUAUUGGGGUGGAUUACUCCCUUUGUUCUUUUUGUUGUAGUUUUUUUGUUAGUCCUGGCUUCGUUUCUUAGCUUUUCCCAUUUUUUGUUUCUGCAUUUUGCUUUUCAGUUUACUAUUUCUAAGAUUCUUCAAUUUGGUUUCUCCAGGUAUUUUUUGCUUUGCUUCUACCUCUUGACCAUAGAAGUAUCCAUUUUAUCAUCCUCCUCACAAUUUCUGUAGGUUUCUUUCUUAUGGUGUGUCCUGUAUAAUUUAGUCUUAGUGCUUUUAAAUACUUUAUUAUAUUUUCUCCUCCCAGCUCUUCUUCUAUUUCUCUAUUAUUCUUCAAUCUUCUCUCUCCAUUUCCUGUAAUAUUGGUCAUUGGACAUUUGUUUCCAUGGCGUAUGCAAUCACUGGUCUUAGUAAUGUUUUAUAUGUUUUUCCUUUUUCCUUUUUACUAAUAUUCUUGCAUUUGGGUGACUUUUUAUUUUUUUCCAAAUGUUCGAUAUUCUUUUUGUAUACGUCUAUACAGUUACAAAUACGUAUUUAUGUGUCCUUAGAUGGUCCAUUCGUCUUUUGUCUUGUUUUGCUAUCUUCAUGUAUUUGGUUUUAUCUUGGUUUAUUUCUAUUAGGGUUGGAGAGAUCGAGUCGCCUUGUUUGAAUCCUUUGUUUAUUUCUAUUUCUUCAAUUAGUUUUUCCAGAUAUCUUACUUUGACUUUCAUGUUUUGUAAUAUAACUUUCAUUAAUAUCUUCAAUUUUCUGGGUACCUUCAGUUUUUCUAUUUUGUCUAUUUUUUUAUUCAAACGCGCUUUUCAAAUCAGGCAUAUACCUGACAAAUCAAAAUUUCAACAUCAUCACGUGAGAUAUAUAUUUAUGGUUUUUAUACAGUGUUUGUCAUGAAAUAUGAUCAUUGAAUAAACGUGAUAGUGGUGAUUGUGGCGAAUGAGGUUUUCCUAUAUACCUCAAAACAGUAGACCAAAGAAACUGCCUUUAAUUAUUAUGUGUCAUAACGUAACUUGACGAGGGUAUUUUUUAGAUUUUAUUAAACUGUAGUUUAUAUAAUAAACGUGCCAUUAACUAAAGGAUGUUGAUAUUUCUAUUUAACUUUUUGUGUUGUUUUUAUUGGACGAUUCUUCAAAAAACAUUUUAUUUAUAGUAAUCUCAGGGAUAAUACAAAAUAUUAAUUUUGAGGAUCAAAGAUUAGUUUGAUGAUUCAUUUCAUACAGGAAUAUUACAUCCUUAACGUAUAAGUAUAAAGUGCCUUAUUUUGUAAAAAAUUAACGUAGUGCCAUUAAGUUUACUCGUUUAUAUACUUUAAUAUAUUAACUUUUCAUUUA